UGGGGUUGGCAGAGGUGUUGGAGGAAGUAGCAAAGUGGUCACAAAAUCAGUGACGACUACUAGACUGACAUCGCAAAAGGAUCUCUCUAUGAGUGCAGGAGAGUCAGGUGAGAAAGCUGCAUCAGGAAGCUCCGGAGGAAUCCUGAUCGCAUCCAGCAGCUACAACGCCGCUGGCUCAGGUGGAUACGGCUCUAGUGGAACAAGCAGCUCAGGCCGGAUCACAUCCAGCAGCUCCAAUGCCACCAGCUCAGGUGGAUACGGCUCUGGCGGGACAAGCAACUCAGGGUUAAUCACAUCCAGCAGCUCCAAUGCAGCCAGCAUCGGUGGAUAUGCUUCUGGAGAAACAAGCAGUUCAGUCCUGACCACAUCCAGCAACUCCAGCGCUGCCAGCUCCAGUGGGUACGGCUCGGGCGGAAUAAGCAGCUCAGGCUUGACCACCUCUGCCAGCUCCAAUGCCACCAGCUCCGGUGGAUACGGAACCAGCAAGGCCGCAGGAGGCAUCAGUGUCACUACUCUAGGGGCAUCCUGUGCUGUAUCCUCAGGGGUUGGAAUGGGGGCAGAGAUGGAAAAAGAGACGGGGGUCUGGGAGCCGUCACAGUUUCAACAGUGA